AUGAGAAUCUUGUCAUUUUGCAGCCUUCUCACGGCUGCAGCGGCUCUUUUGCCCGAGGGUAUGAUGGCUGGCGAUAAGGUUGUUUCUCCAGGUCGCCAAUCGCUUCCUAAUUUAUUCACCGUUGAUUCAGCUGCUAGCAUCGAGGGUUGGGAUGUUUCUGGUUCCUUGAAGCUCGAUGCUGGUCGUUUGGCAUUUGAGAAAGGCCAGGGUGCUCUUUGGUCGAAGCAGCCAUUGGCCAACUCCGUGGACGAAUGGACCAUCGAAACGGUUUUCAGAAACUCCGAGAGUGUGGAAACCGCCGACCACUCUUUCGUGGACACAAACGGUCUUGCUUUUUGGCUUGUCCAGUCUCAAAAUACGCCUAACUUGAAGAAAGAUCAGACGAACUUUGGUGGUCCAGCGGUGUUUGACGGUUUCCAGUUUUUGGUGAACAACAAGGAGAAGCCAGGUAUCAAGUUGUACUCUGGCGAUGGCACCAAACACAUUCCUAACCAGCUCGACAACGCUCUUGGAACGUGUCUGUUCAACUACCUUGAUUCCAUGGUGCCUUUCACGCUUCGUAUCUCCUACUCCACCAAGAAGAACUGGUUCAAGGUCCAGAUCGACAACAACCUUUGUUUCAAAACGGAUGCCAUCUCGUUCAAGAACCUCGAGCAGGACUUUGACUUUGGUGUCACUGGCUCUGUUGAUGGCGACUCCAAGGAAUACUGGGAGAUUCUCAAGUUGUCUGUGUACAACCAGCUUACUGAAGAUGCCAUCGAUGACCACGCUAUCCUCGCAGAUGGCGCAGUGAGGGUUGUUACUGUCACUCAGCAAGAGGAAGAACCUACCUACCAGCCCUCUUUUGGUAGAGAGUCUCUCAUGGAGAGAACAAGGAAGUGGAAGGAACAGAUGGAGAAGGAGCAAGCGCAGGAGAACCAACAGCAGCAGAAGCAGCAACAACAACAACAACAACAAAACCAACAACCCGUCAGAAUCGAACAGCCUUCUGUGGAUCUCUCUGAGAUCACUCAGAAGCUCAACAACUUGGAGAGCUUGAUCAAGCAGGUGGGUACCUCCAACAAUCAGCCGGAUCCUCUGAUUCUCAACCAGAUUGUGGAGUCCCAGAUCCAGCAGAUCCAAGUUCUCGAAGUGUUGAAGGACAACUACUCCAAAUUGGAACAGCUCAUCCAGAGUCAGAACAAUGACAUUGCGAGAUCCAUUCUCAACGAGUUCAACAACCAUAGAAAGGAAUUGGGUGAUUUGGGCAAGCACGUUCAGUCUCUUGCUGCCAGCGGCAACCGCCAGCUGGAAAGCGCUUUUGCAUACGAAAACGAUAGAGUUGAAAGCUUCCAACGUUAUCUGAAGUGGAUCAUGAUAUUCAUGAUUGCUGCUCUUGUCAUCAUCUGUGUUUUCGUCUAUCGUAUCAGGAAAGACGUGAAGCACUCGAAGCUACUCUAA